AUGAGUCCCGCAGCGCCGGUCCCGCCUGACUCCAUCCUGGGAAGUCCUUUUGAAGAAAUGGCCCUGGUGAGGGGCGGCUGGCUGUGGAGACAGAGCUCUAUCCUUCGCCGCUGGAAACGGAACUGGUUCGCCCUGUGGCUGGACGGGACCCUGGGCUACUACCACGACGAGACCGCGCAGGACGAGGAGGACCGUGUGCUUAUCCGCUUCAAUGUCCGCAGCAUAAAGAUCGGCCAGGAGUGCCACGAUGUGCAGCCCCCCGAGGGCCGGAGCCGCGACGGGCUGCUGACCGUGAGUCUCCGGGAAGGCUCCCGCCUGCACCUGUGCGCGGACACCCAGGAUGACGCCGUAGCUUGGAAGACUGCACUGCUGGAGGCGAAUUCCACCCCGGUGCGCGUCUACAGCCCGUACCAGGACUACUACGAGGUGGUGCCGCCCAAUGCGCACGACGCCACUUACGUUCGGAGCUACUACGGACCGCCCUACGGACAGCCCUACCCAGGCCCCGGAGGCGUCACGCACGUGGUGGUGCGGGAGGACCCCUGCUACAGCUCAGGAGCACCGCUGGCCAUGGGCAUGCUCGCGGGGGCGGCCACCGGGGCGGCGCUGGGCUCGCUCAUGUGGUCGCCCUGUUGGUUCUGA